UUAAAACAAGCUAGCACGCCGACGAGUGAGAGUGGCGACGUCCGGAGAAGGGAGACCUGGCUACAGGCGCGGGUUGGUCCACGGACACGUUCGGCUGUCCCCCCCCGGAGGCAUUUUGGGCUCCUUUUCGUUCUCCACAUGUGUGUCCGCACUUUGUAUGAGAGCCGCGGUUCGUUCGUUUGAUGGGGCCGGCGGGCGAGCCGUGUUAGCGUCCCCGGUAACGUCUCGUCAGCCCCUCAAGUCUGUGUGAACCGAGAAAUGGUAACGUAUGAAGCACGCUGGAAGGAACAUGGUUGGGCGGACCAGCAAAUUUUGGUUCGUCGUGGUCGGGUCGGUCCUCUUCAUGUUGAUUCUGUACCAGUACGUGGCGCCGGGGGUGAUGAACUUGGGCUCCCCUCACGCCGAGGACGAGGCGGAUAUCUAUCCGACCCCGGACCCGCACUACGUGAAGAAGUACUACUUCCCCGUCAGAGAUCUGGAGCGCUCGGUGGAUUUCCAAAUCAAGGGCGACGACGUGAUCGUCUUCCUGCACAUCCAGAAGACCGGCGGCACCACCUUCGGCCGGCACCUGGUGCAAAACGUCCGGCUGGAGGUUCCCUGCGACUGCAGACCCGGCCAGAAGAAGUGUACUUGCUACCGGCCGAACCGCAAAGAGACGUGGCUCUUCUCUCGCUUCUCCACCGGCUGGAGCUGCGGUCUGCACGCCGACUGGACCGAGCUGACCAACUGCGUGCCGGGAGUCCUCAAUAAGAAGGAGAGCAAAAUGAAAAGCCAAAGGAAGUUCUAUUACAUCACCCUCCUGAGGGACCCAGUGUCUCGCUACCUCAGCGAGUGGCGGCACGUCCAGCGUGGCGCCACGUGGAAGACCGCACUGCACAUGUGUGAUGGCCGCACACCAACGCCCGAGGAACUUCCGUCAUGCUACGAGGGCGCAGACUGGUCGGGCUGCACGCUACAGCAGUUCAUGGACUGCCCGUAUAACCUGGCCAACAACCGGCAGGUGCGCAUGCUGGCCGACCUGAGCCUAGUGGGCUGCUACAACAUGUCCACGCUGCCCGAGAAGAAGCGCGCUCAGAUCCUGCUGGAGUCAGCCAAGAAGAACCUGCGCGACAUGGCCUUCUUCGGCCUGACCGAGUUCCAGCGCAAGACGCAGUACCUGUUCGAGCGCACCUUCCGCCUGCGCUUCAUCCAGCCCUUCGUGCAGUACAACAGCACGCGAGCAGCCGGCGUGGACCUGGACAAUGACACGGUCCAGCGCAUCGAGGAGCUCAACGACCUGGACGUGCAGCUCUACGACUACGCCUGGGACCUCUUCCAGCAGAGGUACAUGUACCAGAGGCAGCUGGAGAGGCGCGAGCAGAGGCUGAAGGAGCGGGCCGCCUUGUUGCCCUUUCUGCGCUCCCCUGGCUUCGCCCCAAACGACCUGCCUUGGUCCAGGGAUGAGGGAACAGCUGAGUCGGAAGCAGCUUCCCGCCUGCCCACGGAAGACUACAUGAACCACAUCAUUAACCGCUGGUAGCGGGGGGAGAUUGGGGAGAAAAAGGGGCUACAGAUCACUGGAUAGGGCUGCAAUUUGGGGAACAGACAGACGGAGCCUUGAACAAUGGCAGCGGCAGGAGAAAGGAACCGAGGAAAGCAUAAUGAUUCGAUUAGCCGAUUAAUCGAGUAACAGUCUAUAGAUUAAUCGACUUUAGAAAGAAUCAUUACUUGCAGCCCUAACACUGGAUCAGCACUGGACCAGGCCAAGAGAGACAGACGCUGCUUCAUCACUCAAAAGUAUCCCUUCGCUCGCUGCCUCGAUGGCCGGUGUUCCCACCCUUGUGGCUCUCGAGCUGCCAGACUGUGCUUAUCUUCCUGGGACGAACUGAAGUCCAGCAGGGAGACAAGACAACACAUGAGCCUAAAGGAAAGAAUGACUGAGCCCACUUCAGACUAAGGGGGAAGACCUCUGCGGGUUUAAACGAAAGAUUAAAUGAAUUAUAUUCACUGCAAAUCUUAACGGAACAAACAAAAAGUGAAAUUGUAUAAUAAGGUUAUUUGCCUAAAUGUCUGCUGCCAUUUAAGCCAUGAAUAUGAGACGACGAUGCUCCAUGUCUUUGUUCGGAUGUUGUUUUUCUUCUGUUUUCAUUUUCAGGGUUUUUUCGUUUCAAGAGAUUUUUGUUUGCCCACUUCCUCAAAGAGGUCGUUUUUAUAGCACUGAGACCAACGAUGCUGCCUAAAGUUCACAGGAUGCAACUUUAUCAGCUUCUCUUAUUCAUUGUUACGGGAAAAAAAGACUUCACAAGACCUGUUCCGCUUUUUAUUUUCUUAUUGUAUCAGAUGACCUGAUGUGCGUGGACCAUAGCCAUUAUUUAAGCCUUCAGCAUACUGUAUGGGAGUGUACUGAUCUAUUCUCGCUGAAUGUUAGAGGAGGUUUUUUCGGCCAAGGCUGGUUAGCGUGACCUCAAGUUGUUAGAGCCACAGAUGUUAACUUGAGGCUGCUCUUUUAUGCCUGUAGGGAAGCUGUGGUGAUCCAAAGAGGAAUCUAUGUCUUAUUUCACUUCUGUGUUUGCUGGGCUGGUUCUGCAUGGUGGGGAAUAGUAUUGCUUCUGUGACAGCUCCUUUGUAUUAGGUUAUUGAGGGAAAGUUACAAAUGGUGUGUAUGUACAGUACUGUCCAAAAGUCAGAGGCCACCCUUCACUUAUUUACUUUCCAGUCGAAACAACUAUUAAGUCUCUUGCAUAAGGAAGGAAAAAGUCAAAGGAAAAUAAGUGAAAAAAUACAAGUUUACAAAACUAGAGUGCACAAAAAAUGGGACUCCAAACAGCGGUGCAAGACCUGGUGGACCACAAAUACACUCACCAUCAGAGAUAAACAGUACUUUAUCUCUUAUGUGACAGGAGAAUCAAGCACCACUCCACAGAUGUUUUGUCCACUGUCAGAAGACAACUCGGCGCUGUGGUCUGAAAGGAUGUGUAACAGUCAAAAAAGCCCUUACUAAGAAAAGAAAAUGCAAAACCAGAACAUUUGCAUAUUAAACAAAGAAGCUAUGGACUGACCACCUCGGAGUCCAGACCUCAGCAUCACUGCAUGGAAUUACUUGAGAAGCAGAAAAUGCUACCAACUUCUGAGACUGAACUUUGGAGGUGUAAUGAAGGUAAAACAUAUUCAGGUGUUGAGGUUUUUGUAUAAAUAUUCCUUAUCUGCUGAAAAAUUAGUAACUUUUACUUAAUAGCCGUUUUGACCGGAGGUUAAACGAGGGGUGGUCUCUACAUGGACUUUUACGUAGUACUGUAUGUGUAUUUGUGAGCUCAUAAAGCCCAGAGCAGAGAGAAGAAGCAGACACAGCCUUUCUAAAUGUCACCACUGCUCCCAGUUCCCCUUGACUACUCAGCUGUGUGUGUGUGUGUGUGUGUGUGUGUGUGUGUGUGUGUGUGCACAAAAGGGUAAGUGGUGAGACAAGUAUGGAUGUGUGUACAUAGUUUAUACAUUCUAUUGAGUGUGAAUGUACCUUGUAUGGUUGGGAUUUUGUUCAGGGGUUUCCUCUGUCUGUGUGUAUGUGUCUCUUACGAUCUCUUGCCGUGGUCUUCAGGGACUGAAGCUAAAGCCACGAAAUGGGUGCACAAUAGCCGAUACGUUAUUCGCCUAUAAAUGGGAAAUUUCAUUAUUAUAAUUGGCCCGACGUUGGAAUCACAGCCAAUAACUACAACCGAUAACAAGCCACCUCAUUGUCAUGAAAUUUUAGCUGAUGAUUAAAUAACCACAAUUAACAUUUUGUCUUUGGUUCAUUGUGUGCAGCUAUUAAAAGCCUAAAGUCGCCAAAUUGGCUGAUUAGCUGUUUAGCUUUGUAGCUGUCGGUGCUUAGUAGCUCCCAAAUGACGAGAGAAGCAGCUCAAAAUCAAACUAUAGAAACAUCACUCACCCUCUAAAUGUGUCAGAAGUCAGAACUCUUUUGUUGUUUUUCGUAAGACCAAUGAUGCGUCUAAAUAAAUGCAUUUCUGUUUUCUUCUAUUUACGUUCAUUUACCUCAACCCAAUGGCUGCAAAACGCACCACAUUCUGUCAGGUCUACUCCUAAAGCUAUAUUCACCUGCUGUUCUAAGUCGAUAUGGAAAACCUUGUCUGCUAAAUCUCUAAAUCUACACUAGCCUUAAGGCACUUUCAGAUGAUAACUGGCAAAACUGCUCUGCGCCCAUGAUGCCAUUGUUUGCCUAUGGAGAGAGCGGCGUCGCUUCACCUUGGAACUGAGUUACAAGGGGUAGUGGUUGAAAUCUUGCCCAAGAAAUGGGAUCCUCAAAUUAAAUAAAUAAAUAAAUAAAUAAAUAGAGCAUUACUUCAUUAACAGGCUACUAGCGGU